AUGUCUUCUCGGUCGCUGAGCACUUACCAAGGGUUUACGCCUGCGGUGGAGGCUGAAAUCAAGGACAUUGCUAGGGAUAUCCAGCAGCAUAGUGAAGGCCAAGCGCUGUCUUCAGAAACGGCUGAAAAUGCCUUGUAUCGGUUUAUGAGCCAUGAGUCUCAGGUUCACGGAGAGAAUCCGGUCACUUCAGCUGACGCUAGGCUUGAUCCUAACUCAGAGAAGUUUGAUCUGCGCUUCUGGGUGAAAAAUUUACGAAAGUUGGUGGAUCUGGACGAUGACUACUUUAAAUCAGCUCUGUUGGGCGUGGCGUAUAAGAACUUGAGUGUGUUUGGACACUCUACAGAUUCAGAUUACCAGGCAACGUUUGCUAAUGUCAUUUAUAAGACUACAAUGCAGUGGAUCAAGGGCCACAACAAAGCGUAUAGGGAUGCAAUCAGGUUUGACAUUUUGAAGCCGAUGGACGGGUUGAUUAAGCCUGGUGAGCUUACAGUCGUCUUGGGCCGUCCAGGCGCUGGUUGUUCUACGUUUCUCAAGACGUUGGCUACUCAAACACACGGUGUGAAUGUGGAUAAGAACUCCACCAUUCUGUACGACGGGUUUACUCCUCACGAUAUAUCUCACCACUUUCGUGGCGAUGUGGUGUAUUGUGCUGAAGUCGAGAGUCAUUUUCCACAUAUGUUAGUGGGUGAUACGUUACAGUUUGCAGCCAAACUUCGAACCCCAAAGAACCGUCCAGCGGGUAUUUCUCGUGAGGACUACUCCAGGCAUAUGGCUGAUGUCGGUAACGAUUUCGUUAGAGGUGUUUCUGGAGGUGAGCGUAAGAGAGUGUCUAUCGCUGAAGUUUACCUUUCCCAGGCCAGUUUACAGUGUUGGGAUAAUUCUACUAGAGGUCUUGAUUCGGCUACGGCGUUGGAGUUUAUUAGAGCUUUAAAGACAUCUGCUACGAUUUGCAAUGCCACACCGCUUGUGGCUAUUUACCAGUGUUCUCAAGAUACUUAUGAUUUGUUUGAUAAGGUUGUGUUGCUUUACGAAGGCUACCAGAUCUUCUUUGGAAGCACUUCAUAUGCUAAAGAAUACUUUGUUAGAAUGGGCUGGCACUGCCCGCAAAGGCAAACUACCGCUGACUUCUUGACGUCCUUGACGAAUCCUAGUCAGAGAGAGCCACAAUACGGAUUCGAAGAUAAGGUUCCUAGAACACCAAAGGAGUUUUACGAUAUAUGGCAGAAUUCUCCAGAACGUGCUGCUCUCGUGGAAGAGAUUGACGAAUACCUUGUCUCAGAAGAUAUCAAUGCUAGAGCUAAACGGUUCAAGGAACACCACUUGGCUACUCAGACUUCCAGAACAAGAGCCAAGUCUUCUUAUACUGUUUCCUUCGACAUGCAAGUCAGAUACAUUAUGCAACGAAAUAUGCUUCGUCUUCGGGGUGAUCCAUCUGUUACUGUUUCCAAUGUGGUGUGUAACAUCAUCGUUUCUGUGCUUAUUGCGACGAUUUUCAAGAACCUUCAGUUCAACACCGAAUCGUUCUAUUCACGUACGGCUGUGCUUUUCUUUGCAGUGUUGUUUAAUGCUUUUUGCUCCCUUUUAGAGGUCUUCUCCUUAUACGAGGCCAGACCGGUGGUUGAGAAACACAAGAAGUUUGCCCUUUACCGUCCAGCUGCAGAUGCUCUAGCGUCUAUCAUUACCGAACUUCCACCUAAAAUCAUUACCUCCAUUGGCUUCAACUUGAUUCUUUACUUUGUGGUUCAAUUGAGACAAAGCGCUGGCCAUUUCUUCUUCUACUGGCUUAUCAACUUUACUUGUACUUUGGCCAUGUCCCAUAUUUUCAGAAGUAUCGGUUCAGCUACCACUUCCUUGCAACAAGCCAUGACACCUGCAUCCCUUUUGCUUUUCACCUUAAUUGUGUUUACUGGUUUUGUCAUUCCACCUAAUAGUAUGCAUGGAUGGUGUCGUUGGAUCAACUACAUUGACCCAGUUGCCUAUGCUUUUGAAAGUUUGAUCACAAACGAGUUCCACGACAGAAACUUCCCUUGUGCCUCUAUGGUUCCAAGAGGAGGAAGUUACCCUGAAGUUGGGCCUAAUGUGGUUUGUGGAGUUGUGGGAGCCGUUCCAGGUAGCCCUACCGUCAAUGGAGAUGCAUACAUUGGACUUUCUUUCGAGUACUACAACAGUCAUAAAUGGAGAAACUGGGGUAUUCUCGUGGCGUACACUUUGUUCUUCCUUUGUGUUUAUAUCACUUUGGUUGAGUAUAACAAGGGUGCAAUGCAGAAUGGAGAGAUCUUGGUGUUCCAGCAUAAAGCUUUAAAACAAGAAAGAAAGAGAAGGAAGGAUAUCGAGACCGGUGAGAGUGAGAGAAUGAAGGCCGAAGAUAACUUCUACGAUGCUCGUGAUUCUGAAAAUUCCCAAACCCUGAGUGAUGCUAAGCUUCCAGUUUCCAAUGAGAUCCUUCACUGGCGUAAUCUUAAGUACGAGGUGAAGAUCAAAACUGAGCAAAGAGUUAUUUUGAAUAAUGUGGAUGGUUGGGUGAAGCCAGGCCAGGUUACGGCACUUAUGGGUGCGUCUGGUGCUGGUAAGACAACUUUGCUUAACACUCUUUCUGAUCGUUUGACAUCUGGUAUUAUCACCGACGGUGUGAGAAUGGUGAAUGGUAAAGCCUUGGACUCUUCAUUCCAAAGAUCUAUUGGUUACGUCCAGCAGCAAGAUUUGCAUUUACAGACUUCCACAGUCAGAGAAGCCCUUAAGUUUGCAGCUUAUUUGAGACAACCAUCUUCAGUUUCUAAAGCUGAAAAGGACGAUUAUGUUGACUAUAUUAUUCUGCUUUUGGAGAUGGAGAGGUAUGCAGAUGCUGUUGUUGGUGUUCCUGGCGAAGGACUUAAUGUUGAGCAAAGAAAGAGACUUACUAUUGGUGUUGAGCUUGUUGCCAAACCACAAUUACUUUUGUUUUUGGACGAGCCAACUUCUGGUUUGGAUUCUGAAACUGCCUGGUCGAUUUGUAAAUUGAUCAGAAAGUUGGCUGACCAUGGCCAGGCCAUUUUGUGUACCAUUCACCAGCCUUCAGCUAUUUUGAUGAAAGAAUUUGACCGUCUUUUGUUCUUACAGAAAGGUGGCCAGACUGUGUAUUUUGGAGAUUUAGGCCACAGCUGUCAAACGCUUAUUGACUACUUUGAGAAGUACGGUGCAGCUAAAUUCGAAUGGAUGUUGGAAGUCAUUGGCGCUGCUCCAGGUAGUCACGCUGACCAGGACUACUAUGAUGUUUGGCUUAAGUCUGACGAAUAUGCUAAAGUGCAAGAGGAACUUGAUACUAUGGAGAAGGAACUUGUCAAGUUACCUAAAGAUGACGAUCCAGAUAGACAAAAGUCUUAUGCUGCUGGUUACUUGUUGCAGUACCUUUUGGUAACCAAGAGAGUCUUUGAACAGUGUUGGAGAACGCCUUCGUAUACUUUAUCCAAGGCUGUGUUGGCUGUUUCGACUGCUUUGUUCAAUGGUUUUGCAUUCUUCAACGCUGAUAAAACCCUUCAGGGUCUUCAAAACCAGAUGUUCUCGGUGUUCAUGUUCUUCCUUGUUUUCAUUACCCUUUCCCAUCAAUACCUUCCACACUUUGUCGCCCAGAGAUCCUUAUACGAAGCUCGUGAAAGACCUUCCAAGACCUUCUCAUGGUUUGCAUUUAUCUGUGCCCAGAUCACUGGAGAGAUUCCAUGGAACGUUAUCUGUGGAACUGCUGCCUUUUUCUGUUGGUACUAUCCGAUUGGCCUUUACCAUAAUGCCACUGAAACAGAUACCGUGAAUCUGCGUGGAGCUACCAUGUGGUUUACCAUUGUGCUUUUCUACAUUUACACAUCCUCCAUGGCACAGUUGUGUAUUUCGUUUAUUGAGUUGGCAGAGAACGCAGCUAACCUUUCCAUCUUCUUAUUCACAGCAUGUUUGAACUUCUGUGGUGUGUUGGUUCCAAAAGAUAAAAUGCCCCAGUUCUGGCUUUUCAUGUACCGUUUCAAUCCAUUUACGUACUUGGUUUCGGUGGUGCUUUCAGUUGGUUUGGCCCAUUCGACUGUCGAGUGUUCAGACUCCGAGCUUCUCCAUUUUGCACCUCCUCAAGGCAUGCUGUGUAACCAGUACAUGGCUCCAUAUAUGGCCAAAGCAGGUGGGUACUUAACUCAAAUCGAGGAUAACGGACCUAGAUGUGUUUUCUGUACAAUGAAGGAUACCGGUCCGUUCUUGAAAUCCAUCAACGCCGAUUACCACACCAGAUGGAGAGAUAUCGGUGUGUUUAUUGGCUUUAUUGUGUUUGACUUUGUGUUGACCAUUGGGUUCUACUGGCUCUCCAGAAUCCCCAAGGGCAGCAGACAGAAGAAGAAGUAA